GUUUCUGGGGUCUCUCUCCCUCUUCCUGCCACCGGAGGCAGCUGAGCUCCCGCCGCGCCGGGGUCCGCGGGGCCGUGUUCGGUCGGCGGAUGGACCCGCAGCCCGGCGCCAGGAGCUGCAGCCGCGGGGCUCCCGCCUGCGAGGUGGGGCCGCCCGAGCCCCCCAUGAACCUCUACAUCCACACCACCACCGGCACCCGCUAUGAGCUCUCGGUGCCCGCCGAGGAGACGGUGGAGGGGCUGAAGCGGCGGCUGUCCCAGCGCCUCAAGGUGCCCAAGGAGCGGCUGGCGCUGCUGCACAAAGAGAGCCGCCUCAGCUCUGGCAAACUGCAGGACCUGGGGGUCGUGGAAGGUAGCAAGCUGACACUGGUGCCCACCGUGGAGGCCGGCUUGAUGUCCCAGGCGUCCAGACCAGAACAGUCGGUGAUGCAAGCUCUGGAAAGCUUAACUGAAACUCAGGUCAACGACUUCUUGUCAGGCCGGUCCCCGCUGACCCUGGCCCUGCGUGUGGGUGACCACAUGAUGUUCGUGCAGCUGCAGCUGGCGGCUCAGCAGAGCACCGGGCAGCUCCAGCACCGGCACCUCAUCGCCAGCCGCGGCGAGGCGGGGGCCAGCGCCAGCCCCCACUGCCGGACGCUGCACGGUGCCAGCGGCUCAGGCUUCGCCCGCAUCCCCGUGGUGCCCACAUGCCAGCAGAGCCCGGCCCCCAGCCCCGCGCCCGCCGCGCCGGCCCCCCCCAUGUACUGUAACGCCCCUCACGCCGCUCCCGUCACCGCUGGGAUGUUCCGGUCGCACGGGGCCAGCACGCAGACGGUGAACAGCAGCGUGGUCUCCUCCUGCUCAGAGGUGGACUGUGGCUCCCGCAGCAGCAGCUCCCCAGGCAGCAGUCCAGCCCCCUCAGCCCGAUCCCGCAAGCCCGGGGCGGUCAUCGAGAGCUUCGUCAACCACGCGCCUGGGGUCUUCUCAGGGACCUUCUCCGGCACUUUGCACCCCAACUGCCAGGACAGCAGCGGGCGGCCGCGGCGGGACAUCGGCACCAUCCUGCAGAUCCUCAACGACCUCCUCAGCGCCACGCGACACUACCAGGGCAUGCCCCAGUCCCUGACGCAGCUCCGCUGCCAGACGCAGUUCUCCUCCUCUUCUUCCUCCUCCUCCUCCUCCUCGCCGCCUGCCUCCCCGGACCUCGCCACCAAAACUACCUCAGAGCCGCUGCCGGCGGCCGCCGCCCCCACCCUGCACCCCGUAGUCCAGUGCCAAAGCCAGAUCCGGAUGUGCAAGCCCAGUGGGGACCGGCUGCGGCAGACGGAGAACCGGGCGACGCGCUGCAAGGUGGAGCGGCUGCAGCUGCUGCUGCAGCAGAAGCGGCUGCGGCGGAAGGCGCGGAGGGAUGCGAGGGCUCCGUACCACUGGGUGCCCAACCGCAAGGCCGGGCGCACCAACAGCAACAGCAGCGUCUCCAGCGAGGGCAGCCUGGACCUGGACUUCGAGGACUCGGUCUGGAAGCCGGAGGUCAAGGCCGAGAUGAAAUCCGAGUUUGUCGUAGCAUAGAGAGCCGGGGCCCUGGGGGACUGUGCCGGGGGGUCCCGCUCGCCGCCCCCGCUGCGGGGGGGCAGUGCCGGUGUCACGGGCCGGGCUCCUCGAGUUUUGCUGUCUCCUGCGACCAGACGCCGUGGGCCGACCCGCGUGUCGGGGGGAGUUCCCCACCCCCUGCUCGGUGGGGUUUGGGGCGAUGUGGGGGGAGCAGCAGGAGCCGCCCCCUCCCUGCAGCCUCCCCAGCCGGGGGGUCCCAGCACCAGGGGGGCACCCUGGGGCGUAUCGAAGCUGCUGCUUUGCUGUGAAGAGGGGCACAGCGGGGUGGGCUCUGGCCCCACCUUGUGCCACCCCCCCCGGUGCAGGCAGGAGGAGAUGAAGUCUCUCUCGGAGGUGCUGGAGCCCCCCCGAUUUGGGGGCCGUUUGUUUUCCUUCCCUUCUAUAUGUAGCAUUGCUCGGCUGCGGGGCUGGGCCCCCCCGGGUGGCCGGGGGGACACGUGUGCCUGGGCCCCACUGCCGCAGCCCGGGGAGGGGGG